AUGGCCGGUUUGAAAGCUAAUGCAAAGACGCAAAAUCGUAAGCGAAAGCACAGAUGCGACUCCCAACCUCAAAUAUCUUCCAAACGGCACCGUUUGGAUACUGCUCCGAAACGUCACAGUCCCUGGAACAACCUUCAACUCAUACUCUGCAUCCAAGACAAAGACCAUGAUCUUUCCAGUAAGGUCAAUCAGGCAUUCAAUUUUGUGCGGUCAAGAGUGGAUAAUGGUGUUGGCUCUUGUCAGGAUUGUAAUACCAUAAAACUUCCAAGGCUAAUAUGUUACCUUCAUGAUUGGAUCGUGACAUUGCUAUUCCCUCCAAAUGGGAAGAAAAACUGGGGCGACGGAAAGACACCACAGCUCGAGGGAAUUGAGGCAUAUAUGGAUAUUCGUUGUUGGGAGAUAUUCAAGUUCUGCUUGUUGGAGUCUUUGAAGUUUCAUGGUUCUUGGAGUAUGCCCCGGAACCUCCUACAAACUGUUCAGUUUGUUGCUAGAGAUGUUCUGUCACUGCUAGAAGACACCUCUAUUUGUUCAGGAGAAGUUCUUAUAUCUGAUGAAAGGUAUAAACUGUAUGAUACCACUCUUGACUGUGUUUCGUUGGUAUUAUUGUCACAUGGUGGGUUGUCAAAUAAAAACUUGGAUUUGUGGGUUGAGACAGCCAAGUUGUUGCUUGAUAUUGUGCUGAAAACUUAUAGCAAUAAUCUUGGUGAAGGCAAUUUUGGUGCUUUUGCACUACGCUUUCUGUGGUUGGUGCUACAGCCAUUCGCAAAGUUGAGUGUCCAUCGAGCUAAGAAGGGGUUUCAUAAUUUUGUGGAUAAACUUCUUGAGCCGCUGUUGCAUUUAUCAAGUGAGUUGCAUCUUCGGGUUACUGGAAGUAAUCACAUUUGGACAUCAAGAUUAAUAGAGGCAGUGGAAGAAGUUCUUUCUCAUGGACUUUUUCAUCAAGUGCAUAUUCCUGAGUUUUUAAGUUUACAUGGUUCAGAAAAUGAUGUUACUGCAUGUGAUGAUAAAUCAAAUGACUCAAAAGCAACCAUUAAGAGUUAUACUAGACAUUUAUUUGAAGUAUUGAACAGAAUUAUAGCUGGGAAGAAUGCUAUGGCAAUGGGUAGCUUAGGCUUGUUAUUUCGUUUAUAUGUUAAUUCAGCAAGAAAAUUCAAACUGGAUGAAGGGCUCAAGACAAUGGAGAAAAUAGAUAAUUCAAGGCAACCAGUGCCGGGAAAACAUUGUAACUCAAAUAAUAUUUUUGCAGACAUGCAAAAAUCACUUUUUAAUUUUUUUGUACUGAUUAUGGAACCCCUCUUGCUGAAGAUUAAUGCCAAUAUUCAAGUUGAAGUAGAUGACAAUUCCCUGUUGUUGAAUCUUCAUGGUUUGCUGAAGUCUGUUGGUAAUUUGCUUGCUAGUUUUAUGCAAGAGAAAGUUUAUUUGAGAACAGAAGACACAUCUGGAGGAGCUUGUCUUAAUUUCUUGAAGAAAAUAUUUAAUACACUGAUCACUAGUUCUACUAGUGUACUUCACUUCUCCAACUAUGAUACAACUAACAAGAUGGAGAUAUAUAGUUUGCCUGCUAAUGAAAUUCUAGUUGCUAUGGGAUAUCUUUUGCAAAUUGAAUAUGAGGUUAUUGGAGAAGAUUUGGUAAAUUUAUGGCUUCUUAUGUUGUCAUGCUCUGCCAUCAAUUACAAUUUGGGGAAUGCUUUUGAUAAUUGCUCAUUACCUUCUAAUAUACUUGCCCUGGAGUGCCAAACAAUUCAUCUCUACAGUCAACUUCGCCAGUCACUUGGUGUAAUUCUAGGUAUGAUGUUUGGAAUAGGGGAUGUUUGGGUGGAAAUUGCUAUUUUAGCAUUGUGCAAAGCGAUAAGGCUUAUUAUAUGUCAUGAGGGUAAUACUGAAGAAAGUGCUUCGAGGUUCUUGACAUUUCUGUCUAAAGAAGUUCAUGCUGAAGCAGUUGAAAGGCUGUUAUCUUCACAGAAGUUCAUUCAUGCCGUUUAUAAAGCUAUUGAAUCUACACCAGAAGGGCAAGUGUGUGUGUGUAUUAGACAGAUAACAGCUGAUAUUUCAGAAUCUAUCAAGUGGAUGAAAGAUUUCUGUCCAUUGGUUGACGGAAAGAAAUUGGAAAUUUUUAAUCUGCAAGUGGAACUGUUGGGUAGAGGGCUGUCUAGACUGUAUUGUUUAGUUCUUGGCUCGGUGACUGUCACGGAUGGCAACCGCAAUCUUGUUGGAGUUUCUGUAAAAGAACUUAUGGAAUUAAUGCGUCCCUACUUGAGUAUUCUAGUUGGACAACGGCAAGAUACAAUCUGCAAGUUUUUUUCUUCUGUCAUAGGAGAAACUGUUGAUCAUGUGGUUAGAAAGGGAAAAAUUUUAAAGAAAUUUGUUAGGUCCAGCCAAUGGGUCCUUGUGUUUUUCUUUCAGUUGUAUGUGUCCUGCCAAAGCUUGUAUAGGAAAGCAAGCAUUACGCAUCCUGAUUUGCCCAAGAAGAAGUUUGUGGAGGUGGGGGAUUAUACAGUAUAUUCUGCCUGUGACUUGAUGGAGAGGAUUGAUGAGAUAGACUUUGGUUUUUUUUCUUGGAUUGUUCAACCCUCUAGUUCCCUCCUUGUUGUAAUGCAAUUUAUAUCUGACAUAUAUCUUAAACAUGUCUCAAAUGAUUCUUCCCCUUUGAUCUAUAUAUUUCAAUCUAUGGCUCUUCGAAGGCUUGUUGACUUGAAUAAGCAGAUUGUAUUGUUCAAAUAUAUGCAGAAGAAGCAAUAUUUGGAGAAGCCAUAUAGAUCCCAAAUCAACACACUAAAGGAAGAGGCUGAUGGACUUACUAAUUUUAUUAUGGAAAAUUUAUCAUGUGUGUUUCAAUCCCCUAUCUUUGUUUCUGAUCACGUAAUGUGUGAAGAUGUAGUUUCUGUGGCUACUCAAAGCAACCGAUGGGAUCUAGGAGUUUAUGUUGCUAACAGAAAGUCAUUGCCAACACUCAUUUGGUCGAGCCUUUGCAAAAAUGUUGAUGUAUGGGGCAACCAUGCUUCGAAGAAGCAAUUGAAAAAGUUCUACUCACAUUUACUCCAUAGUUACCUUAGUGUAACAAGUAGUUUUCAAGAGCCAAGUAUGCAAGAAAUUGGCAAAUUUACGCUGCUCAAGAGGGUCACUUUGUCACAAAUAUCAUCAGAACUUCUAAAUGAUUCGCUUUUGUAUGAACAGAAGUUUGCCCACAGGAAUCUGGCCUCAAUGUUCUGCCAUGCUUUAGAGAAAUGUGUGCUGCCAUUAUUCAGUGAUAUUCCAUAUGCUGAUGUCAAUCUUCGGUCAUUGCCCAAUUGGCUUGAGUUUUUAAGUGCCCUUGACAACUCAACCGUGCUUAUUAAUGAAAAUAAUGAGAUUCUGAUUGAUUGUUCUGCAGUAGAAAGUUCAACCACUCAUUCACGCGAUAAACUUCCUGGGGAUAUCAGCAGAAAAGAAAAGACUUACCCUGUCACAGACAAAAUUUUUAGAGAUUGCCACCAUUUACUUGAUCUACUAUGUUGGAUGCGAGAUGUAAAUUCAAGAUCAUUUUCAUAUAUUGUGACUUGUAUUUUCAACCUUGAACGGUACACUCAUCUCUUUGUUGGAUACUACCUUAUGGUUUUUUGUCUGCAUGCUGAUAGAAAAAAGAUCUUGUAUGUAUUAUAG